UUUAGUUUAAGCGGUUGGGAGAACAACUAUUUGAGUUAAUUCUUCAUAUAAAAAGGUAGAAUUAAUUUUUAGAGGUUCUGUCCUUUUUUCUCUUGGAAUUUUGAGCAGUUAAGAGAAGUGAAAAGAAUGAAGAAGCUGCACAAAUGGUAAGGGUAAGUGGACUGAAAGAGUUUAUUAUAAUAUCUCUGUUUAGUGUCUUAAAUUAAAUUAAUAGCAAUUCUAAAAUGUUAUUUAACACAAUAUGGAGAGAAAUGCAGUUGAUCCGAAAAACACUAAACACAGAGAUCGAUAUGCAAGGAAGAUCUAAUAUGUCACUUGAGGUAACAAAUGAGGCUGAAGAAAUUGUAAGACAUGAAAUGCAAGGUGAUGCAACUGCAAGGAUUGAGCUUCAAACGAAAGAAGGAAGCAGCAAAUUGAAAACUUAUUCAGAUCAAUCACAAGGGUCCAAGAAAAUAUCCAAGUUUUCGACUUCGGAAAAAGAAGAGUUGGACUUGAAUGUUAGUCCAGUAGCAGAUCCAGAUCAAGAGUCCGGAAACAGUGAACAAGAUACUGUAAUGCAAGCAAAAUCAAGGGGACUUAAGAAUGACUAAAGUUUAAAAAAUGCAAAAAGUAAAAAACUUUUUAACCACAAUAAUUCCAACAAGGGCGAAACCGAUCAUUUGAUGUACUUUAUGUAACGAUAAUAAUCCUCUCUGCAAUAUUCAGAAGGAGGAGUGAGACAAAGUACAGAAAUCUUUGCUUAGGAUGAA